CUCCAUGGCCCAUGGGGAAACCAGGGGAGGGAGAAAUUGCUACGUGUACGGUGAUAUUAUAUCUUGGAGAAGGCGUUAGGCCUGUUCCAUCGAAGCAUGGGUCUAUGUAAAAGCUUGGCACCCAGUUCCCCAAACUUGGCAUUCUCACGUCCUCCCAACAUUUUGCUCUUAUUGAGACGGCGGUCCAUCUGCCUCGACAACGGAAACGGGAUUUGUCGCCAGUCCAAGAGUGUCAGAAGGAACCGGGUCUCUCCCUCAAAACACAACCAAACCGAAGAUGGGCGAAGACGCAACACCACCUGGGAUGCCGCACUUGGUGCACAGUCAUGCCCGCGAAGGAGAUGUUCCCGGAACUGUUUACCUGAAAGCUGCCGAGGGCGAUGACACUGCAUACGGCCAGGCGCUGUUCCCCGUGCCGGCCGAAGAUCCCAAUGACCCCCUACAAUGGCCAAAGGCUCGGAAGCUCGCUGUUCUCAUCACCUGUUCUCUGUACUCGUUCCUCGGAAACUCUGCCCUGCUCGGGCCCUCGGUCUACAUUGGCAUAUACGCUGAGGAAUUUGGCGUCACGCCGAACGAAGCCAGCGGCCUGAUCAACUACCCCAACCUUGCCUUCGGAUUCGGAUCCCUCUUCUUGGUCCCGUUGUAUCACAAGAUUGGCCGCCGGCCCGUGAUGCUCGGCUCCCUCGUCUUCUACUGUGCUGGUCUUAUCGGAGCCUCCCAGGCUACUUCCUUUGCCGGACUUAUGGUUGCCCGUGUCAUCCAUGGCUUUGGCUCCGGUGUAUGCGAGGCGCUGCCCGUCCAGCUCGUCAACGACAUCUUCUUCCUGCACGAGCGCGGAACACGCCUGGGUUACUACACAGUGUGCCUCUGCUUCGGCGCCACUGGCCCUCUCUUCGCCGGAUACAUGUUGGCCGGAGGCUACUCGUGGCGUCUCUUCUUCUACGUCGAAUUCGCUUUCGCCAUGGCUCUUCUCGUAUUCGCCUUCUUCGUCGUCGAGGAGUCCACCUACCACCGCAAGACGCCGCAGGAUUCCUCCUCGGACGGGUCCAUUAAUGACAACGACGAGGACAAGCCUUCGGCCGUGACCUCCGAGGUCCGGACUUCCGUCAUCCCGAAGCGCAAGACCUUCGUCCAGACACUCAAGUUCUGGGGCAUAUGGGAGAAGGACUCGCCCUUCUUCAUGAUGCAGGUCCGGGCUUUCUCGUACUUCCUCGUCCCCCAUGUCUUCUGGGUCAUCACCACAUACGGUAUCUAUAUCGGCCUCGGCGCCCUGACAUUCAACUUCACCUUCCCUCAACUCAUCGUCGCCGAGCCCUACAACUGGUCCCAGACCAGCUCCGGCCUGGUGACCAUCUCGACCAUCAUCGGCUACGGGCUCGCAAUCCCCUUCACCACGUCGUCCGACCGCCUCGCCGCCCGCCUGACGCGCAAGAACGACGGCCUGCGCGAGGCAGAGAUGCGCCUAGGUGUGAUGCUCCCGGCCAUGCUGAUCGCCCCCGCCGGGCUGAUCCUGUACGGGUUCGCGGCGGAGAAGAAGCUGCACUGGGUCGCGUACUUCUUUGGGGUGGGGAUGACGCAGUUCGCCAGCUACUUCUACUUCACCUUCACGCUGGCCUACGCCAUCGACAGCUACAACGCAAACAUCAGCGAGAUGCUCAUCGCCAUGAACCUCGGCAAGCAGGCCAUCAGCUUCGGCAUGGGCAUCAACCUGCUCGAGUGGAUCAACAGCCACGGCUACACCGUCAUGAUCGCCGGCGUCUUCUGCGGGCUGGUGCUGGCUAACAACCUGUCGCUCAUCAUCUUCAUGCUCUGGGGGAAGAAGAUCCGCGCCUUCAUGGCCAAGACGUGGCUCGCGAAGAUCCAUCGCAGCAGCAUCAGGGAGGUUGCGACGCACUGAAAUGGUUCUGUUUCGUUUCUUUUUCCUGGCUGUGGAUGUCGAAACCACGACGUUUCUUGUCG